AUGUUGUGUGAUUGUUGUGCGGAAAACGAAGCUGCCCUUGAAAUGGGCAUCGACGAAAAGAGGGUCUCUCCCAUGGAUGUCAUUGAGUCCCAUCCUGGUAACUACGUCUAUGAUGUGAAGUUGAAAUGUCCUCUGGACAACUUGAUGGAGGCGCUGGACACCGCUGAUACGGAGCUCACCAUCAUUGGCGACGUGCGGGGCAGCGUCGUCUCCGACUGGAAUGAGAACAAUCCUCCGAGCAGACAGAUCGGCAUGUACGACCGAAUCGUAAAAGUCGAUGGUGUGCAAUGCCCAGGAACGAAAGAGGUUGUCAAGCUCCUUACUGACAAGCUCGCGUCUGGUGUGCCGAUCACCUUCCAGCGGCCACAGGAGCGAACGGUGACGGUCGAGCGGACCGCGCGCCUGGGCAUGAACUUGAACUACCGGAAGGGUGGCCAUUCCAAACCCUGGAUCGCCAGCAUCGAGGAGAGUGCGACUGAACGCUGCCUCAUCGACCAGUGGAACAAGGACCAUCCCCAUCAGAAAGUGGCUGUCCACGAUCGCGUCAUCUCCGUGAACGGUCAGACACUCUCCGCUGUUGAGACGGUUGAAAAGCUCCGCACUGCGUCGGGCACGCUAACAAUUAAGCUCGUUCACUUCGAGCUCUGA